AUGUCCGCCGCCGAUUCCUUCCCUUCUACCGCCUCGUCUUCCCGCGCUUCGCCAAUACCACAAGAUACUGAGAUGACAGCUGAAGAUGAGCUGAUUGCCUUUCAGAUGCUCGACGAUGAUAAGCGCGCUGAGCUGGAUGAAACCGGCUCAGUUGCUUAG